UUAAACGCCUAUUUCCAAAGACAAAAACAGAAGGAAACAGUGUUGGCGCCGGAAGAUCGAUGGUGGUGACGGAACUGGAUAGAAAGUCAAGAAAGUGGAGUGAAAUAAUAGAUGAAAUAGUGAGAAUAGAGAAGAAGGUAUUCCCAAAACACGAAUCGCUUGCUCGAUCUUUUGAUGAUGAAUUAAAGAAAAAGAACAGCGGUUUGUUAUAUGUAGAGAUUGAAGGUGAAAUUGUCGGCUAUCUUAUGUAUUCAUCUCCCUCUUCACUUUCUACUGUCAUCACUAAACUCGCUGUGAAGGAGAAGUUUAGGAGACAAGGGCAUGGAGAGGCAUUGUUGAAAGCAGCCAUUGAGAAAAUCAGAAGUAAACGCACAAGACACAUAUCACUGCAUGUGGAUCCUUUAAGAAUUUCAGCAAUGCAUCUAUACAAGAAACUUGGCUUUCAAAUCGACACUCUGGUAAAGAGUUAUUAUUCUUUGGAUCGUGAUGCAUAUAGAAUGUACAUCGACUUUGAUGAAGAGUAGCUAGAAUGAGCUGAGAGUAUUUAUAUUGUAAAGGCCUCGUUAAAGCUUUAUAGUUAGAGAUUCUCCGCUUUCCCCAUGAGAUAUUACAAGGCUGUGUCCAGUUUCUAGACCAGCUUUUGGUUGAUUGCAUAAAGUGGGUUUAUUCCAUAUGUGUGCCUUUUUUUAGGAUCGUAGUAGCUAGUAUUGGCGUAUUCGCAUUUGGGUCUUCAGUUCCAUUGGGUUCAUAACAAACCCUACUCCUCCAAAGCUGGCAAACUUCCUACCCUCAAUGGAGGGGGUCAUAGCUCCCAGUCUCAAAAUUGAACAUUAGCACUUGCUUGUAUUAGCUGUGAUUAUGCAUUUAAAGUCUGUUCACUUAAUUGUGUAAACUAGUUAUUGAUUCGUUGAUGGCUUCAAGAGUGUAAACCCCUUAUUGAUAAUUAAAAGGAUUUUCCCCAGACUUCAUAUUCCCUGCAUCAAUUAUGUUGUAUACAUCAACAUCAUGUUAUAUGAACUAGUAUACUAUGUAUGAUUGUAUAAUGAAGUCUAUAGUUUAUUUUUUUAAGAUGUAAUAUUUUAUAGUUCAUGUUUAAACCUGAUGGUAUGGAUGCACAUGUUUAGCCAUGAGAAUGGUGAAGGUGCUCUUGCAUCUGUAAAUGAGAUUCUUCUUUUGAUGA